GCUCGUAGUAAACAGAACAGAAGGGGUUGUGAACCGUAUCUCGCGGUAGCCGUACCGUGUAAUCUCACCAACACCAAUCGAGAAUCGAAGGGAGCAGGGUGGCGACGAUAAAAGCGACACCGACCACACACAAUAGCCAAACAUUUAAAAGGGUUUGCCUGUGGUGUACCUGCCGAAUGCGACGUGGACACUAGUCGCUAGGGAUCGGUCAAUUGCGCGACAUUAUCCGCCGAACAGAACACGAGAGUGGUCGUCUACUGUUACGAACUAUCGAGCGUUGCGUAGAAGCGUGUGUUUUUCGCCGAGAGUGUGAAAGUGAAAGUUUGGUAGAUCCAAGUUUAGUUGGCGAAAAGGGAAAACAAUAGAUUUUCACUCAACCAAAUGGCACCUUUACGUUGGGCAAUUGUUAGCGCCGGUACGAUAUCGCACGAUUUUGCCUGUGCCGUGUCCACACUGCCCGCGACCGAUCACGAGCUAGUGGCGGUCGGUGCCCGUGGUCUGGAAAAUGCACGCAAAUUCGCCGAACUGCACGGUAUACCACGGUUCUACGAAGGGUACGAACCGAUCGCAAAGGAUCCGGAAGUGGACGUCGUGUACGUCGGAACCGUCAACAAUGCGCACUACGAGGUCAGCCGUAUGAUGUUGGAAGCCGGCAAGCACGUCCUUUGUGAGAAGCCUUUGUGUGUGAAUCGCGGCCAGGCCCGGGCCCUGCUCGACUUUGCCCGCGAACGGGGUCUGUUCUGUAUGGAAGCGAUCUGGUCACGGUUCUUCCCGAGCUACAUCCAUCUGCGGGAACGUAUCGCGCGGGGUGAUUUGGGCCGGAUCGAGCGGGUCGAGGUGCAGUUCGGCUUUCCGCUUACGCACGUCGAGCGGGUGCGGAUGAAGAGUCUCGGCGGUGGCACGGUGCUCGAUCUGGGCGUGUACACGAUCCAGGUUGCGAUGUGGGCAUUCCAGGCGGAACCGGUCAAGAUCGAUGCGGCGGGACAGCUGAACGAUGAGGGCGUGGAUGUCGGUAUUACGGCGACGCUACACUUCCCCGGUGGCGGUGUGGCCAACAUUAAGACCAGCGCCAUAGACAAGCUGCCCAAUACGGCCGUUAUCAUCGGCACGAAGGGAUCAAUCACACUGCACGACUUCUGGUGUCCCAUCGAGCUGACGGACAUUGAUGGUACGGUACGGUCGUACCCACUGCCAGCGUCCAAGGUGGAAUGCAUUCUGCUCAACAGCGUUGGACUACGGUACGAGGCGGAGGAAACGCGACGACGCAUUGUGGCCGGCGAGCUUGAGUCACCGUCUGUAUCGCACAAGGACAGUCUAGCCAUUGCCGGUGUGCAGGAUUCGAUCCGGAAGCAGAUCGGGGUAGAAAUGCCGGAAGACUACAUCUUUAAAAACUAAGAGUGCAAAGAAUCUUCUUUGUGGAGGAAAACUAUGCUUACUGUUGUGUAGCAAAUGAGUGUGUGUCUUUGUUUUGUGGAAAUGUUUUGAAAACAAUACAUUUAAGUGUACAUCCUCGAAA